ACAUUUCUUCUUUCCCUCCCCCACCUAAACCCCCAAUAUCCACCAUCCUUUCAUUCCAAUCCAAACUCUUUCUUUUCUUUUUCGUUUUCCUUUUCCCUUCAUUUUUCCCUCUUUUUCCUUUUUACCUUUUUCGAAAAAGCUGCCUGCCUGCCUGGGCCUGCCUCCUAUUAUUUUCUUUUUUAAAUAAAAUAAAAUAAAAUAAAAUAAAAAGAUAGAAAGAAAGAAAGUGGUUUGAUUUGUGUGUGUAACUGGGUUUAACUUACUUACUUACUUACAUCCAUCCAUCCAUCUAUCUAUCUAUCUGUAUUUGGGGCGAACCUCGGCUGCUUCCCGCGGACUCUGUUUGUUUGUUUGGUUGUGGUGUGCGGAAGCAAGAGUGCAAGAGUUGAGUGGGUUUUACUGAACCCCUACCAAGACAAGGCGCUUUUUCUUCUCAACCAACACAGAAGAAGAACAAACAAAAACAAGAUUUCAUUAUGCCAAUUCUGGAUUCCCCAUUCUCAACACCUAUACCAUCUUUCUCAGAUCUCUAGAAUCUCACACUUUCAACUUCUACCUAUUACCUCUCUUUUCCUAAACACCCAACUCCUCACCUUUCUGGAGAGCCCAUGUCGUCUCCACUUCUGCUUUUUCUUCAUACAUCCUCCCACCCGCUCCCCUGACUCACUCUUUACACAACCCCUAAUUACUUGUUCAUGGCACCACAUUUUCUGUUUUCCAAACCCCUUUUUCUUCUUUCCGCUCUCCUCCAUCUUGCUUCUGCUACGCUAUCUCCUUCUGGUGUUAACUUUGAAGUCGUAGCGUUGAUGGCCAUAAAAUAUGAUUUAUUAGAUCCCCACAAUGUUCUGGAGAACUGGGAUUCUAAUUCUGUGGAUCCUUGCAGCUGGAGAAUGGUCACCUGUUCUCCAGAUGGAUAUGUUUCUGUUUUGGGGCUACCUAGCCAGAGUUUGUCCGGGGUCUUAUCACCGGGGAUUGGAAACCUCACCAAGUUGGAAUCAGUGUUGCUUCAGAACAAUGACAUUUCAGGACCAAUUCCUGCAACCAUUGGAAAGUUAGAGAACCUCCAGACUCUUGAUCUCUCCAACAAUGUAUUUAGUGGCCAAAUACCCAGUUCCCUCGGAGACCUGAAGAAGCUGAACUAUUUGCGACUGAAUAACAACAGCCUAACUGGACCUUGUCCUGAAUCUCUAUCCAAAGUUGAAGGUCUCACGCUCGUGGACCUUUCAUACAACAACUUGAGUGGCUCCUUACCCAAAAUAUCAGCAAGAACGUUCAAGAUUGUUGGUAACCCUCUGAUUUGUGGUCCAAACAACUGUUCUGCUAUCUUUCCAGAGCCAUUGUCGUUUGCCCCAGAUGCUCUUGAAGAAAAUUUGGGGUUUGGUAAGAGCCACCGCAAGGCAAUUGCUUUCGGGGCAAGUUUUAGUGCUGCGUUUAUUGUUUUAGUCCUUAUUGGACUACUUGUCUGGUGGAGAUACAGACACAACCAGCAGAUUUUCUUUGAUGUAAAUGAUCAAUAUGACCCAGAGGUACGUUUGGGUCAUUUGAGAAGGUACACAUUCAAGGAACUUCGGGCAGCAACUGAUCACUUCAACUCUAAGAAUAUCUUGGGAAGAGGUGGGUUUGGAAUUGUGUACAAGGGAUGCUUAAAUGAUGGGACUCUGGUAGCGGUUAAAAGGCUGAAGGAUUAUAACACAGCUGGUGGGGAGAUCCAAUUUCAGACUGAAGUAGAGAUGAUAAGCCUAGCUGUACACCGAAAUCUUCUCAAGCUUUUUGGCUUUUGUUCAACUGAGAGCGAAAGACUUCUGGUUUACCCUUUCAUGCCCAACGGCAGCGUUGGAUCUCGUCUAAGAGAUCAUAUCCAUGGGCAGCCGGCUCUAGAUUGGGCAAUGAGAAAGAGAAUAGCCUUGGGCACAGCUAGGGGAUUGGUAUACUUACACGAGCAGUGUGACCCCAAAAUUAUUCAUCGUGAUGUCAAGGCCGCCAACAUUCUCCUUGAUGAAGACUUCGAGGCCGUCGUGGGAGACUUUGGGUUGGCCAAACUUUUGGAUCACAGGGAUUCUCAUGUGACUACAGCCGUGCGUGGCACUGUUGGCCAUAUUGCCCCAGAAUACUUAUCAACGGGCCAAUCGUCAGAAAAGACUGAUGUUUUUGGGUUUGGAAUCUUGCUUUUGGAGUUGAUUACUGGUCAGAAGGCUCUGGAUUUUGGUCGAGGAGCAAACCAGAAAGGCGUGAUGCUCGAUUGGGUGAAAAAGUUGCAUCAGGAAGGGAAGCUGAAUAUGAUGGUGGAUAAGGAUCUAAAGGGUAACUUUGACAGAGUCGAGUUAGAGGAAAUGGUCCAGGUUGCGCUGUUGUGCACUCAAUUCAAUCCUUCUCACCGACCCAAAAUGUCUGAAGUAUUAAAAAUGUUGGAAGGCGAUGGUUUAGCUGAGAAAUGGGAAGCAUCACAGCACAUCGAAACGCCAAGAUGCCGACCGUGCGAGAAUCCACCUCAACGGUACUCAGAUUAUAUAGAAGAAUCUUCUCUGAUUGUGGAAGCCAUGGAGCUUUCAGGCCCCAGAUGACAGCCAUCGUUUUUCUUUCUUUUGUAAUUCCCUCUUACAACAUUAACUUGCAGUUGAAGAGAAGAGAGUGAGUGGGCGUUGAUAGUGUUGGUUUCAUGCUCGUGUAAUUCUUUCUGUAAAAAGGAAACAAGAGAAAGAGUAACGCUAAGCUGUUUGUUGAAGCCUAUGCUUAGAGGUUAACUUCUUAGUUCUGGCUUAUGGAACGACGUGUCGUUUGUUAAAUUAA